UUCACCUCGGUGCAGAAACGGGCCAUCCGUACCCUCUGGACCGUCCUGGAUGCCAUUGAUCAGAUGUGGUUACCCGUUAUCCGUACGUGGCGCCUGAAUGAGAGGCACUAUGGGGCCCUCACGGGUUUGAACAAGGCUGAGACUGCGGCAAAGCAUGGUGAGGCACAGGUGAAGAUCUGGAGGCGCUCGUAUGACAUCCCUCCACCUCCCAUGCAGUCCGAUCACCCCUUCUACAGCACCAUCAGCAAGGACCGUCGCUAUGCUGACCUGACGGAGGAUCAGCUGCCAACGUGCGAGAGCUUGAAGGACACUAUCGCCCGGGCUCUGCCUUUCUGGAACGAGGAAAUCGUCCCGCAGAUCAAGGAGGGCAAAAGAGUCCUUAUUGCUGCCCACGGCAAUAGCCUGCGUGGGAUUGUCAAGCACCUGGAAGGCAUGUCGGAAGAGGCCAUCAUGGAGCUGAACCUGCCCACUGGCAUCCCUAUUGUCUAUGAGCUGGACAAGAACCUGAAACCCGUCAAGCCCAUGCAGUUCCUGGGAGAUGAGGAAACGGUGCGCAAGGCCAUGGAGGCUGUCGCUGCUCAGGGCAAGGUCAAGAAGUGA